CAGGCAGAGGUGGGCGGGACUCGGCAUCCUGCACCUGUCUGUAGCUACAAGCUCUGUGAGCCGGAGAUUUAGUGCACCUGAAGCCCUAUAGCUGUUACUGGGUACCCAGCUGGCACUGACAUACUCACACUGAGCCCCUAACAAACAUAGAACAUGAAGAAGAUAAAAAGAUAUUUUAGGAGGGCACUGCAUCGAAUGCAGAAGGGACCUGGCUACACCUACAAGGAGUUACUGGUUUGGUUUUGUGACAAUACCAACACUCAUGGCCCUAAACGUAUCGUCACUGAAGGACCAAAGAAGAGAGUUAUGUGGUUCAUAAUGACAAUAGUCUUCGCAGCUCUUGUCUUCUGGCAAUGGGGGAUUCUCAUCCAAACGUAUCUCUCUUACGGAGUGAGCGUGUCACUUGGUAUAGGAUUUAAAGCCAUGGAAUUCCCAGCUGUGACUGUGUGCAACUCCAAUCCCUUCAAGUAUUCAAAGGUAAAACCUUUCGUUAAGGAGUUGGAUAAUCUGGUUGCUACAGCCUUGGAUCGAAUUCAGUUUUCCAGUCAAACUGGCCCAAAUGCUGCCACUCCAAGCAACGGUACCCAGAAUGUGACCCUUGACUCUAAACUGUUGAAUCGCAUAUCUCUUCUUGUAAUCGAUGAAAAUGACCCAAACAAUCCAAUUGUUUACAACAUAUUUGACAGUAGCAUAGAUUAUUCUCAGGUGAACGCAACUGCCUCUCAAAACCAAACAUUUUAUGCAGAGAGGUUCAAAGUAGUGAUGAAACUGUGCAAAGAAAAUUCUGACUGCAUUUAUCGAAACUUCACCAGCGGUAUUCAAGCCAUAAAAGAAUGGUAUAUGAUCCAGUUCUCCAGCAUCUUCUCUAAACUCCAGGAGCAGGAGAAGAUUGAUAUGGGCUUCAAAGCAGAGGAUAUGAUUCUAACCUGCCUGUUUGGGGGCCAGGCAUGCAGCUACAGAAAUUUCACACAUAUUUAUGAUCCUGAUUAUGGAAACUGCUACAUCUUCAACUGGGGACAGGAAGGCCGUGAACUCUUGUCAUCCGCAAACCCAGGAACUGAUUUUGGGCUGAAGUUGGUUCUUAAUAUUGAACAGGAGGAAUACAUCCCAUUUCUAGAAGCUACGGCUGCUGCCAGGCUAAUUCUUCAUCAACAGAAAAGCUUCCCUUUUCUCAAAGACCUUGGUAUCUACGCAAUGCCAGGGACUGAGACUUCCAUCGCUAUUCUAGUGGAUAAUAUUCAGCACCUAGAGGCGCCGUACUCCUCCUGUACCGUUGAUGGAUCAGAUCUUUCUGUGACAAAUCUGUAUUCAAAGUAUAACAGCUCCUAUUCAAUCCAGUCCUGCCUCAGGUCCUGUUUUCAAGAAGAAAUGAUUGUGCGCUGUGGAUGUGCAUAUUAUCUUUACCCACUACCUGAAGACACAAAAUACUGCAACAACGAUGAUAACCCAGACUGGGUGCCAUGUUAUUAUGAGCUGAUAAACUCUGUUGCUGAUAGAGAGACCUGCAUCGAAUAUUGUCGACAACCAUGCAAUGAUACACAAUAUAAAAUGGCAAUUUCUUUGGCAGACUGGCCAUCAGCAGGGGCAGAGGACUGGAUUUAUCAUGUCCUUUCAUAUGAAAAAGAUGGCAGUGAAACUAUUACAGUUAAUCGAAAAGGUAUCCUGAAGCUAAAUAUCUACUUUCAAGAAUUCAACUACCGCAGUAUUGGAGAGUCAGCAGCUACUAAUGUGGUUUGGCUACUCUCAAAUUUGGGCGGUCAGUUCGGCUUCUGGAUGGGUGGUUCUGUACUUUGUAUUGUAGAGUUUGGAGAGAUCAUCAUAGACUGCAUUUGGAUCACUUGUCUUAAGUUUCUUGCCUGGAACAAAGACAGGAAGCAAAGGAGGAGACGCCCACAAUACUCAGAUCCGCCACCAACUGUGUCUGAGCUUGUUGAGGCUCAUACCAAUCUUGGCUUCCAUCAUGAGGAUUUGGACCACAUAAACAUGCCUGUACCAGGCACCCCACCUCCGAACUAUGACUCUCUACGGAUUAGAAACAUGGAUGUCAUUGAAGCCAUAUCAAGUGAUGAGGAUGACUAAAAUUACUUAAAUAUCACUUUUAUUACAGACUCACUACUAAUCAACCAAUCAGCCACUAGUCUGGCUAAUCUUCUACCACUAACAAUAAAUGAAAAGACACUUUAUGUGACAGAGAUGAAGGGAAUUUAUAUUGCACUAAUGCAUUGUAUGUUAGUGAUUUAUUACAUUCUGCUGUGAACUCCAUAUUAAAUACUCAUUGUAUUAUAUUAUACAAUAUUUAUUUUAAAACCAAGAAUGUGAUAUGUAUUUGUGUGAGUAAUGUUAUGGCCAAGAAUGUAUAUAUAUGGGUCUCAAUAAAUAUUUACUGCUUUA